UCAUUCGGCAAAGUAAUGCUGGCCGAAAGAAAAGGCACCAAAGAGGUGUACGCCGUCAAAGUGAUGAAAAAAAAUAACAUUCUACGGAACCGUUACAUCGAUUCCACCAUGACAGAGAAACGUAUUCUGAUACUAGCCGUAAAACAUCCAUUCUUAGCGGCACUACAUUCGUGCUUUCAAACAACUGAUCGCCUAUUUUUUGUUAUGGAAUAUGUCAAUGGCGGCGAUCUUACGAUUCAUCUUCGACAGGCAGGCAAAUUUGAUGAACGACGUGCUGCAUUCUAUGCCGCCGAAGUGACACUCGCAAUACAGUUCCUGCAUCGUCACGGAGUAGUGCAUCGUGAUUUAAAAUUGGAAAAUGUUCUUCUCGAUCAAGAGGGCCAUUGCAAACUGGCCGAUUUUGGCUUGUGCAAAGAGGGAAUGAUUGAUGGCUGUACCACACCCACGUUUUGCGGUACGCCCAAUUACAUGGCACCAGAAAUUUUGCAAAGAUUAGAAUAUGGCCUAUCGGUCGAUUGGUGGGCACUCGGCGUGCUUAUGUAUAAAAUGAUGGCUGGUCAGCCACCAUUCGAAGCCGACAACAAAGACAAUUUAUUUGAAUCAAUUCUUCACGAUGACGUUCUAUAUCCAGUUUGGUUGAGCCGCGAAGCUGUAUCAAUAAUUCAAGCUUUUCUAACGAAAAAUCCAGCAGAUCGACUGGGAUACUCUGGAAAUGAGUCGCAAAUCAGAAGUCAUGCAUUUUUCAAGGAUCUCAAUUGGGAAGCAUUGGAAUUGCUUCGUGUGAAAUCACCAUUCCAGCCUAAAGUGAAUAAUCCCAAAGAUGGAUUGAAUCUCGGUGCGAAAUCCACGGAAGAGGAACCAGUAUUGACUCCGGUACCAAAUGAUGUGAUAGGUAGCAUCAAUCAAGAUGAAUUCGCUGGAUUUUCAUUUGUUAAUGAGAACUUUGUAUAA